AUGGACCACGGAAGCGAGGUGGCAAGGCCGAUGACGGUGGAGUCUACCAACCUCGGCAUGGCCGCCGCGGUCCAGCAGGGAGGCGAGGCACACAUGAGCGCCAGCACCUUCCACGGUCAGCUCUGCGCUGCCGCCGCUCGCCGCGCCAGCUUCGAAGCAAGCGUGGCGGCGUACCACAACUCCGCCGAGUUCGCGCGAAAUGUCCGCGCCGCCGCUGGACGCGGCGAGGUGCCUGCCGCCGUGUUCCACCGUGAACCCGCGCGCGGAGUGGCGUACGCCGGCAUCGGCGAGUUCUGGCAGCAGCCAGGCCCGGUAGGUGUGGUGCUCGUAGGCCUGCAGCUCCCUGGCAGAGUCAUGCCGGUGUACGACAACUACUACGGCUACCCUGCGCUACAGCCUCGCCGGACAUAG